CCUUAAGGUAUCAGGUAUAAAGACAGUUAAGUUAAAUCCUUAAAACCCAUCGCAGAACUCUUUGAAACCAAAAUCAACUUGAAAAUCAUUUUCACAACAACCACAGAAAUCACAACAUUCGAAUUCCUCAAAAAUCAAAUUUAAGUAUCAUCACAAAAUGGAUAAAGCUUCUUUAGAUGCAUUUGAACUUCAGGAUGUUCUCAAAUGGGUUGAUAGCUUCGUCUUAUCACGUCCGAGUAAGAAAUUAAGUCGAGAUUUCGCUGAUGCUGUUUUAUUGGCUGAAAUUUUGAAGUAUGAAUUUCCAAAAUUAGUUGAGCUGCAUAAUUAUGCUGGAUGUUUUGCGAUUAAAGAAAGAAUGAAGAAUUGGGACACAUUGAAUCAAAAAGUUUUAAGGAAAUUGCAAAUUAACUUGAAGCGCGAGGAAAUGGAAAAAUUAGCAAAGGCUGAGAGUAGCUGUAUUGAGCAACUGCUUUACACCGUCAUGAAUAAAGUCAAUUUAGUCAAAGAGAUGCAGAUGAAGGAACUAGAAAGGAAUGAAAGUUUAUCAAAUGUUGUAACAAUAACAAAGCAAAUCGGCGAUCAUGUUCAGAUUCAGCAAGUCAUUCCAUAUGCAGAUUACGAAGAGCUCGAGUUUAAGCACGAGGAAUUAAAGCAAGAAUUUGAAGAACAAAAGUUGCAUAUUCAUGACUUGGAAGAAGAGAUCAAGGAACUUCGAAAUGCUCUUGAAUCAAAAACUGAAAUAAUUCAAGAUUUAGACUUAAGGCUUGAAGAAUCGCGUAAGAAAUCUCAUUUGUCGAUGAGCUCAAUCCGAAAAUCACUUGCUAAUUUAUUCUGAUUAAAUCGCCAAUAAAAGUCUAUAUUUGAUGUGAAAUGUGAA